AGCAGUCUCUUCCCAGCCGCGGUGCUGCUGAGUGCCGGGCACGGCGGGACGGGAGCAUCCCGGGCAGGACCCGCAGCGGCCGGGCCGAGCCGGGACCCACCGCCCCGGGGCCGAGCGGGCAGCGGCGCCUCCCGGAGCCAGAGCACCCGCCGCUGCUGGGACCCCGUGCCACCGGCGGGGAGCGGGGCACCGAGCCAACCCACCGACAGCUGCGUGGCAAGGCAAGGAGCUUUCAUUGUGCUCAGAUGUUGGACAGAGAAUACCUUCUUACCAGAGACAGAUGUUGGAAGCCAUCAGGAGGAUGGAAAGAGCAUUGUGGUUGGUUCUGUAAGAAAAACAGAAGAUUGUAGCUUUGGUAAAGAUCUUUGAUUGGCAUCUACGUCUCGAGCUACUUCAAUCCAUCCAUCCAGGAGAUCUUUUUGCUCAGGAUGAAACAGGAGAAGGGUUCUAUUUACAUCAUGGCAAGGCCUUUGCUUUUGUAUAUAUUUUCAUUCUACUGGCAUUUCCUGAAUGCUUUAUUCACGGUUGAAGCUCCAAAGUCAUUCUACACUGUGGAACGUGGGAGCAACGUGACCAUGGAAUGCACAUUCCCAGUGAAUGGGGAAUUAAAGUUUAGAGAUUUGAGUGUCAGCUGGGAAAAAACCGAUGAGUUAAAGAAGCAGGCUUAUUCACUUCUCAAAGGAAAGGAAGACUUCGAAAGUCAGCACAGUGACUUUAGGGGAAGAAUAAAAUUGUUGAAAGAGAAGCUGAGCUUGGGACAGUCUCUCCUUGAGAUCACUGAUGUGAAGCUCAGAGAUGCAGGGGAUUACCGCUGUGUUAUUGGCUACGGGGGAGCCGACUACAAGACAAUCAAUCUCAGAGUUAAGGCUCCUUAUAGAACUAUAACCCAAGGAGUGGUGAGCACAGGAGACAACAAAUGGAAGUUGACAUGUCGGUCAGAGGGAUACCCACAAGCUAAAGUGAUAUGGCAAAGCAGAGAAUGCAAAGAUUUGACUGAUAAGGCAAACACAAGUUAUGAAAUUGGGAGUGACAAACUGUAUCGUGUGACAAGUACCCUUACAAUCAAAAGUAGGAUUGAUGAGAUUUUUUACUGUAUAUUCUGGAAUAAAGAGCUGCAAGAAAAUACAUCUGCCAUUUUACACAUAGCAGAAGAUUCAGCAGACACUGAGCACAGACACAUUCUCGGAGCAAUUAUCAUUAUGACUGCUUUGUUUGGAUCAGUUCUUCUACUUAGGCUCUGCAUAAAGAAAGUCAGGACAAAUAAGGACAACGGAACACCUGUGGCUGCUUUAUCAAUAGCAAAGCUGUCAAAAGACAAGGAUACACGUGACUGCAGGGAUGCUUCUUUUGAAGAUGAAGAGUUGAAAUGUAAGUAUAAAUGAUAAAGAGAAAAAUAGUAGCAAAUUGCACGUAGCCUAGAUCAUCCACAGUCAUCAGUCUUGAUUCAUGCCUGGUUUAUUUGGUCCCUUGUUUCAACAGACAGAGUCCUCAAGAGAUGCACAGCCUCUCAUUUUCUGUCUUACAAACUCAGCAGCAUAACUCAUUGUGUACUAGGAUUCAUAUCAAAUAAUUAAUCUAGAUUUAAAUAUAAAAAGAAACGCCAUACUAAGGAAAAUGCAAUAAGGAAAUAUAUAACAACCCAAAUUAGUCUUUCCUGUAGCUCACACUUUUGCUAUAGAAAAGGUUUUGCCAGCACAACUGAAGGAGUGGUAAUGGCAACGGGGAGAGAGACCUUAACCCAUCAUAGGCACUCAAGCAAGUCUCAAGCUGUGAAAUUCUGUCUCAGCAAAGCAAGAAAAUGAAUAACUGAAUCUCUCAGAUCUCUGAAACAUACUGUGGUGUAGAACAGAAAGGUGAAGUUGUUGAGGUUUUUCUUGCAUGUACUGACUUCUAAAGCACUUCCAUUAAUAACAUCACAAAUCCCUCCUUAAACUUCAUUGUAGUGAACAUAAACAAAGGUAAGCCUGCUGGUCCUCGAGGUGUAGAUCUGCAAGUCAAAGAGCUAGGGUCUGGAGACAGAGCACAGAAUGUAUUUGAAAGACUUUAAAAGAUUUUAAUAGAAUGGAGGACCUAAGCCACAACAAUUUUUCAAUGUAUUUGCUAAAAAGCAUGUCCUACCAGUGUGCUUGAGCUACCACUUUAAUUCCUCCCGCGAUCUUCUUUUUCUGUUUGACCUUUUAAUUAAUUUCAUUUUAGAUUUUGACAACGAAGGAAAUUGUUUUGUUAGCUCCAAACUCUAGGAAAGAGUUCCAAAGCCAUGAAAUGUUCUGUGAAUUUGUAACUUCAUAAUUUGGUAUUUUUUUCAUGUAAUGCUUUCUUUUACAGAUAUCCAAAUUGAGAAGACCUAGAGAAAGCAGGGGGAGCUUUGUUCCUCUGUGGCCAAAGUUUGACAGCUCAGAUGUUCUGUGCUCUAUCUGUUAAGGGGGAUAUUAAUUUUUUUUGUUUUAUUCUGUGAUGACAAUUUCCUUUCAUAUCAUUGUAACUGAGGAAAAAGCACAAAGAAAUUGGUAAAAUUAUUGUGGCAUAAAACUAAUUGGAUUCAGGCUUCUAUAUCUGUGAGUAGGUAUAGAGGUAUUUAUCUAACCAUCCCAAGUUUCUGCUUUCUAAAGUUUAUGCACUUUCAAAGACAUAUUUCAUUAAAAACAUCUUUACAGUAAAGCAAUAGGUCUAUGAACAUCAUUAAUUUCAUAGCUAGUUCUUAACCAGGCCAUGUUCUAGGUUUUCUUUUUUUUUUUUUCCCUCCUGAGUUCUUGGUUCCCUGCAGAAAUUUUGUUUUCCAGCUUUUGAAGAAUUUUUUCAAUUUUUUCCUCAUAAAAGGGUGCAAGAAGACAAGACAUAUGGCAAAAAGCCAUACAGGCAGGGCUUUUUCUCUCCUUACCAUAGAUCUUAAAAAUGCCAGAUACUCACAGCUAAACCUGAACUAUAAUAAGUGCUGUAACCCUCUUAGAAAAUGUAGUUUGGAAAUUUUUAGAUAAUACUCAGCUUUUUAAUCUCUUUCUCUGAAAAGCACUUUUGGGAUUUACCUUCCUUGCUCAUUUUUAUUUACAUUUUAUUUACUGUUUGGGGAUAGUGCAACUCUUUGGACGUUCAGGAAGAACAGCUCUUGGUUUGGAUUGUCUUUUUGUUCAUCUUGCGAUCGGAAGAAAGAUAACCUCAUUCCUUCUACAUGAAAAGCAUGCUGAUGUGAUUGUUUAGGAGGGAGCAGGCUCCUGGAUCCCAUUUCUUGUUACAUUUUGCUAGAUGCCCAUCUUUUUUUGUGGUCAUACACAGAAAUUAUUUAUUAUAAUGCUGUUCACAAUUAUAUUUUUCUAAU